GCGCACAUUAUGUUCCGAGACUAUGAUACGUUUUGUACAUAUAGUUUAUAUAUUUUAAACCGCCACAGCUGUCCGUCGAGAGCGGUCCGUGCACGCGAGUCUGUCGGCUUGCCAAAUUUUUCGAACGCGCUUGCGAGCCAGAAAAAAAUUUACAACGAUCGAAUUGAUCGAUUGACGAUUGCGAUACAAAUUUUUACGACAAUAAAUAACAUAAAUCGUGAUUGUAACACUAACGCAUACAUCAUAUUAUUAUAAUAGUGUUAUAUAGGUACCCAUUGCAUUUUGUCGUUUUCCACAUUUCUGAUUAUACUUGCGCGCGCAUUUCAAUAGACAUUAAUAAUUAUAAAUAUUGUUUGCGAAAUCGUAAUUUAUUAUAUUCGCAUCACCGCAGAAAAUUGACGGGAAAAUUGCGCGUGGAUUUCGAAUUCAGUACGUCGUCGUCCGCUGUCGGGAUUCGCUCGGAACCGCUUUCGGAAAGUUUUAUUACGCGCCAGCCGAAGAUCGCCGUGACUGUAUAUCCUCUCGAUCUCCAAACAUAAUAUAGACAGUAGUUUUGCGAUGGAUUUUUCUAACAAAAUUGGAAAUGACAACACACCACUUUCUGACGAAGUCUUAGAAGUUCUCGAGUCUCAAUUUAAUAAAGUUAAAACGCUCCAUUCUACCGAUUUAGAGAUUAUUGCAGCUGAGUUGGGUGUCAGAGAUUAUGAUGUUAAGAUGUGGUAUACAAAUCGUUUGGCGGCAUGGAGAAGGAGCCAAGGACUUUCAGAUUGUUUUGGGCAACUGUGAAUUUAAAAACACACCAACUAUAAAUUAUAAUUACUAUAUUGUUUAAGUCGAAGUUUGUUAUGCAUAUAUAUGAUAUAUUAUAAUAGUGAUUUUACGAUUUAUAUUAUGAAAUUCGGUAAAGUUACUUAUCUAUUUUGUUUUUGUAUUUAUUUAGUUGUUAUUAGCACUUAUUGUUUUAUUUUGAAUAUUAUAUGAGUAUUAUUAUUGUUUUACACUCACCAAAAUUUAAACCAUGAAUGUAUUUAUAAUAAUACAUAUUAUUUAAAUUAACAAAAAAUGUAUUAUCAUUUAUUUCAAUUAAAUUCACAUUUAAUAUAAUGAUAUAUAAAAUAUAAAUCGACGUUGUUACAUUAACAAUACGUAACGUUGAAAAUGCAUAACUUUUAAAAACAUUUUUCGUGAUUUGCAAUAUUCUACAUUGCAAUCAAACCAUGUGACAUAUGUUAUUUUAUGAGUUUAAUCAUUUUAUUUAUUUAUACUUGCCUUGUAAUUAUAAUAAUUUUAAUCGAACAUAUAUAUAAUCAUAUAAUAUAUAACAGUCAAAUCAGAUUUGGGAAUAAGAUUCUCGUGAAGUACCUACCUCAUAAAACUGAACUCAAUUAAUUAUUUUAGAAAUAAAUUUGCUUUUAUUUAAAUAAAUAUAGUUUUUUCACAUUCUAAACGACCGGCGAACUACACAUAUCAGUUUAUAACCAUAAUAUUAUUGCUAUCGUUCACGUGCAGUGAAAUGAUAAAAUAUUAGCUAAAAAAAAUGUUUGAAUGCAAUUAUUUUUAAAGUUUUCCUAGAACGUAUGUAUAAUUUAUAGGUAUAUAAUAUAUAUAUAUAUAUGUAUAGUUUUAUCUUCAUUUAUACGUAAAUUGUAUAAAUUUUAAUACCGUGUAACAAAUACAAAUAUUUAUUUAGGCACUUAACAAUUUAGAGUUUUCUUGUUACCACACACCGUCAUUAUAACACCGCUAUUUCAUUAUUUGAAACAUUCAAAGUAAACAAAAUAUAAGAUACUCUAUCGAACCGGGAAAAUUAAACAGAAAAGAGUUUUAAAUGACGUUAUCCUAACUUCUAAGUAUCCAAAUAUCACUAUUAUAAGAAUCAUCAGCAUGUGUUGUCUUUAUCUUACACAGAUUAUGUAUAACAUGUAAAUUGUACGCUCACAAUAAUCAAUUUUACUCAAAUUAAAGAGGAUUGAAUUAUUAUAAAAAUUAUAUAAGGAAGGUGGUUAGGUCUUAGGUGUAAUUAUGCACCUCAGAGGUUUUUAUUGAUAUUUUAAUUAUAGAGCAAAUUAUGAGUGUUUUAAAACUACCUACCUAUAAUUUUAUUAUAUUUACUAAAUUUUAAAAUGAUUAUACCUUGCUUAAACACGUGUGUCAUCCCCUUAACUCAAUAACUCCACAAAUGUAAUAGUUUAUAAAUUAUAUUAUAUCAUACUUA